GGCAGCGAACCCAAAGCCUCAUUGUGCAGACGGCCGUAUCCACAUUAGUCGGAUUACCCCUCCCAAUUGGACAGCCUCGACUGCAAGGGUCCAAGCUGGAGUGUUCUCAUUCGCGUGCUUCAGAGAGGGGAGUUUGAAACGUAGCUUCAAAGCAGCCCGCGCUGCCGCUCUCUGCCUGCCCUGCCAUUCCAGGGUCCUCUCUUAUUUAACACACUGUCCUCCUGGUGGUAACUUGCCAACGCUCCAGACACACACCACCACAAACACUAUACUCUCUCACCAAUCGAUCGACCUCCACAUCGUCGCCCAUCAUGUUCACCAUGCGGAGACUCGUCUCCGCCCUCCUCCUCGCCGGCGUGGCUCUGGUCUUCUUCGCGCAGACCGCUGAGGCCGCCAAGGGCCCCAAGAUCACUAACAAGGUCUUCUUUGACAUGACCGAGGGCGACGAGCCCAUCGGCCGCAUCACCAUCGGUCUGUACGGCAAGACCGUCCCCAAGACGGUCGAGAACUUCCGCGCUCUCGCCACUGGCGAGAAGGGCUUUGGCUACGAGGGCUCUACCUUCCACCGUGUUAUCAAGCAGUUCAUGAUCCAGGGCGGUGACUUCACCAAGGGCGAUGGCACCGGUGGCAAGUCGAUCUACGGCGAGAAGUUCCCCGACGAGAACUUCAAGCUCAAGCACUCCAAGAAGGGUAUCCUGUCUAUGGCCAACGCCGGCAAGGACACCAACGGCUCGCAGUUCUUCAUCACCACCGUUAUCACCAACUGGCUCGAUGGCCGCCACGUCGUCUUCGGCGAAGUCCUCGAGGGCUUCGACGUCGUCGAGAAGAUCGAGCAGGCCCAGACUCAGCCCGGCGACCGCCCCGUUAAGACGAUCAAGAUCGCUAAGAGCGGAGAGCUGGAGGUGCCCCCUGAAGGCGAAUACGGCAACAGUGAGUGGGCGGCUGGCUACUCCAACGAGGACGCUCCCUUGGAGGUCGGUUCCGGCGAGGGCUGGUCCCUCCUCCAGAAGGGGCUGUUUCUUGCUGUGGUUGUUGCUGCGAUCGCCGUCUACAUGAAGAUCAGCAAGUCGCGGGUCUCGAGGGACGUCGGUUACGAGAAGACGAUGGCGUAG